AGGAGUCGAGGGCUGGAGGGACCCGCGGCCACCAACUCCCAGCUGGAGACUGAGCCCGUUUGGGAGUUCCCAGGUCCUGCCCUCUGGCACUGGGUCCUCGAGGCUGCUCCCGAGGCUGCUGCACCCCCUGAGCCCCCCAGUCCCCCCCGGGGAUGCUGCCCUGGCUCAAGCCCUGUCAGGGAGGAAUUUAUGGCUUUGGAGGAAGCAAAGCAACCAGAAACUUCUGCUCGAACUCACAGCUCAGCAGAGGGGUUUUUUGUGCUCUAAACCCCCAAUCUUCUUCAUGUUUUUUUGAGCUUAAAUGUGGCCUCUUCCAGCUCCUGACCCGUGCCUGUGGUGGCACAGAGUGCUCCUCACAGCCGGGGCGCUGGGGCACCUCGUCCUGCUGGUGCUGGUGGUGCUCCGAAAUGUGAGUGUUUUUCAGGGCUCUCCAGGUCCUGAAAGUGACCCCAGAGUUGAGAUCCAGGCCAGGAACCAGACGGAGCGAUGCAUCUUCCCAUUCCUGGUGUGGUACUUCUGCCAGCCCCAGGGGCAGAGCCCCCCAGCCCCUGCUGGCUGCAAGUUGUGCCCCCAGGACUGGCAGCUCCGUGGGGAGAGAUGCUACUGGCUCUCCAAGGAAUCGGGGAACUGGACCCAGGGCAGGAAAAGCUGCAAAGAUCAGGGCUCUGAGCUGGUGGUGCUCAAGAACGAGACAGAAAUGGAGAACAUCGAGAGUGUCACAGGCAGGUGCCCGUGGUCAGUGUGGGUCGGGUUGAGGUCGCAGCAGAAGGAGUGGACGUGGGUGGACAACACCCCCUACGACCCCCACAGGUUUGGGGACCUGCCGAAGCUGGAUAAAUUGUGUGGGACCCUGAAAGGCAAGAGCUUGGAUGUUGAUGUCUGUGCCAGUGACCACAAGUGGGUUUGCCAAAAAACCCCUUUCCAGCUCUCCCCGCCCACGGCAGGAGACGUUGGGAACUGGAUGAUGCCUCCAUCUGACACACUCGGGCACGGACCCCGUGCGGUACAAAAAAAAAUUUUAUUACCAUUUUUUCAUGGUUUACGCACCCCGUUACAUCAGCAGUAAA